UUGACAAUCACUUAAUGUGCUAAGGGUGCCGAGGUGAGCCAGCACAGUAGGUAACGCAGCAAAGAAGAGCAGAGGGAGAUUUGAGGAAUUCAACUUGCUCAAACCUUGGACUGAAGUCUUAGAGAUCGGGACAUCUGAGCUUGUGUAGGUGGACUUUUCAGCCCUGUCCACAGUGGGUUAUUGACAGGAGGAGCUUGAUUGUAGAAUGUCGGCUGCUUAAGCUCACUGCUGGGCAAGAUGGAAGAAGAAGAACUGCAGUGUCCAAACUCUUCCUCUGAAAAGCGCUAUUUUCCUGAAUCCCUCGAUUCCAGUGAUGGGGAUGAGGAGGGGAUUUUGGCCUGUGAGGAUUUGGAACUAAACCCUUUUGAUGGAUUGCCGUAUUCAUCACGUUAUUAUAAACUUCUGAAAGAAAGAGAAGAUCUUCCAAUAUGGAAAGAAAAAUACGCCUUUAUGGAGAAUCUGCUUCAAAAUCAAAUUGUGAUCAUUUCAGGAGAAGCUAAAUGUGGCAAGAGCUCUCAGGUUCCUCAGUGGUGUGCUGAAUAUUGCCUUUCCAUCCACUACCAGCACGGGGGUGUGGUGUGCACACAGGUCCACAAGCAGACUGCAGUUCAGCUCGCCCUCCGAGUAGCAGACGAAAUGGAUGUUAACAUUGGUCAUGAAGUUGGCUAUGUGAUCCCUUUCGAGAACUGCUGUUCCAGUGAAACGAUCCUGAGGUAUUGUACUGAUGAUAUGUUGCAGAGAGAAAUGAUGUCCAAUCCUUUUUUGGGUAGUUAUGGGGUCAUCAUCUUAGAUGAUAUACAUGAAAGAAGCAUUGCAACUGAUGUGUUACUUGGACUUCUAAAAGAUGUUUUACUAGCAAGACCAGAACUGAAGCUCAUAAUUAACUCCUCACCUCACCUGAUCAGCAAACUCAGUUCUUAUUAUGGAAACGUGCCUCUCAUAGAAGUGAAAAAUAAACACCCUGUGGACGUUGUGUACCUUAGUGGGGCUCAGAAGGAGUCUUUUGAGUCUAUUUUACGCCUUAUCUUUGAAAUUCACCACUCUGCUGAGAAGGGUGACAUUGUAGUCUUUCUGGCCUGUGAACAAGAUAUUGAAAAAGCCUAUGAAAUCGUCUGUCAAGAAGGAUCUAACUUAAACCCAGAUCUUGGAGAGCUGGUGGUUGUUCCUUUGUAUCCAAAAGAGAAAUGUGCAUUGUUCAAACCACCUGAGGAAAUGGAAAAAAGAUGCCAAGUUUAUCAAAGAAGAGUGGUGUUAACUGCCAGCUCUGGAGAAUCUUUGAUCUGGAGCAACACAGUCAAAUUUGUUAUUGAUGUAGGUGUGGAAAGAAGAAAGGUGUACAACCCUAGAAUCAGAGCCAACUCACUUGUCACGCAGCCCAUCAGCCAGAGCCAAGCAGAGACACGCAAGCAGAUUCUCGCUUCAUCUUCUUCAGGAAAACUUUUCUGUCUGUACUCUGAAGAAUUUGCCUCCAAAGACAUGCGGCCAUUUAAGCCAGCAGAAAUGCAGGAAGCCAACCUAACCAGCAUGGUGCUUUUUAUGAAGAGAAUAGACAUCGCGGGUUUGGGCCACUGUGACUUCAUGAAUAGACCAGCACCGGAAAGUUUGAUGCAGGCUUUGGAAGACUUAGAUUAUCUGGCAGCCCUGGACAAUGAUGGAAAUCUGUCUGAAUUUGGAAUCAUCAUGUCUGAGUUCCCUCUUGAUCCACAGCUCUCCAAGUCUAUCUUAGCAUCCUGUGAAUUUGACUGUGUAGAUGAAAUGCUGACAGUCGCCGCCAUGGUAACAGCUCCCAGCUGCUUUUCGCAUCUGCCACAUGGAGCUGAGGAGGCUGCCUUGACUUGCUGGAAGACAUUUUUACAUCCUGAAGGAGAUCACUUUACCCUCAUCAACAUUUACAAGGCCUACCAAGAUGCGACUCUGAAUUCCACCAGUGAGCACUGUGUCGAGAAGUGGUGUCAUGAUUACUUCCUCAACUGUCCUGCACUCAGGAUGGCAGACGUUAUCCGAGCUGAACUCUUAGAAAUUAUCAGGCGCAUCGAGCUUCCCUACGCGGAACCUGCUUUUGGCUCAAAGGAAAACACUGUGAACAUAAAGAAAGCACUUCUGUCUGGCUACUUCAUGCAGAUUGCUCGGGAUGUUGAUGGAUCAGGGAACUAUUUGAUGCUCACACACAAACAAGUUGCUCAGCUGCAUCCCCUCUCUACUUACUCUAUCGCCAAGAAGAUGCCAGAGUGGGUUCUCUUCCAUAAAUUCAGCAUCUCUGAGAACAACUACAUCAGGAUUACCUCAGAAAUAUCUCCUGAACUGUUUAUCCAACUAGUACCACAAUACUAUUUCAGUAAUCUGCCUCCUAGUGAAAAUAAGGAUAUUCUACAGCAAAUAAUGGAUCACCUGUCAACUAUUUCAACCAUGAAAAAGGAACAGAAAAUGUGUGAGAAGUGCCCUGAAACUACUGAACAAAGAUGCACUAUACAGUGACUCUUCAGAAUCUUCUACACGGAACACGCUGUGCAAUAAACAUCCUAAAGUUAGCCUAACAACUGGGCCGCUGGAGCCAUGUGCAGAUAUUCGACGUGAAGAAGGAUAUCAUACCCCACACAGAAUAGUCUUGAAAAAAAUAACACUGUAUAUUAUUUAAAAAUAAAAAAUACAAGUUUUUAUUGAAUUCUUUAAAUUACUACUCCAUGAUUUCUUCUUAUUGGAAAAAUUUUUAAUCAACCAUUCAUAAUUUGACUAAAAUUAAAAGAUAUUUUGUAAAUGUGUCACAGACACAGGCAACAGAACCCUACUUUUUGUAGAGGACCUUAAUCUGAAUAAAGUCAUAAGUUUUUCAAUAAAUCUC